AUGAAUUCCAAUCAAGAAAUAGGUGGAUUAGCAUUAGAAAAACUUUUUCGAACAUUUCCACAAUUAAAGAAAUUACAAUUCUAUAUACGUCAUUCACAUAAUAUUUAUGGUACACAAACAAAUCAUUCACCUGAUCAUUUGUAUCUGUUUUCAUUUACAUCUCGUUUUUGGCUUGAUCGAUCUAUUGAAGUUUUUUCACAUUUUGUUCGCCAAUCACAACAACGUUAUACUUAUACAUUACCAUUUGCUUAUAAUACAUUUGAUAUUGUUGAUGAUAUAACAGAAUUUUUUUUUAGAAACUAUCCAUAUUAUUAUGGUAAUGUUCGUCAUUUAUCAUUAUCCUCGGCGUCUAAUCUAGACGAAUUUAUUUAUUCAAACAUAAUAUUAAAGUUUUUUCCAAAUAUUCAAACAAUUACAUUUUCUAAGGAACCUUCUUCAAGUACUACAAUCAAUAUUUUAAUUAAACAUCAAUGGGUUCUACAGAAAUCUGGAUCUAAUACUCUUUCUACGACGGUCUUUCCAUGUGUCUAUAUUCAUAAUCAUCGAAAAGCAACACAUUUAUAUUUUCGAACAUUAAAUAUUACUAAUAAAGAUCGAAUAUUAUUUGGAAAUGGUAGACGACGUAUUCGACAAUUAACAAUUUAUGAAAUGACUCAAGAACAAUCAAUUUAUCUUAAAAGUUUUUCUCCAUGGAUUUAUAUUCUUACACUUCAUGUUAAUACCUUAGAAUGGUUCUUUUCAUCGAACGAUUGGUUAUAUCAUCUGUUAACUGAUAUGAAUUCGUUAUUUAGUUUAACUGUUUAUUAUCCAAAGUAUUUGAAUAAUGAAAGAUUACAUGAUUUACUUGCUAAUACAUUAUUAAACGUUAAAAAGCAUUUCUAUAUCAAAUGUAACGAUGGAAUAUUGAAUAUAUGGUUUUAA